AUGGAAGCUGAUACUUGUCCAAUAUCUGAUAUAGUCGAAACUGGAUUUUUUAGUUUUUUCAAAAAGUUACCUGAGAAAUCAAGUACCACUAUAAGAUUUUUUAAUAGAAUUGAAUUUUAUACUGUGCAUGGAUUGGACGCGUUAUUUGUUGCCAAAGAAGUAUUCAAGUCAAUGAGUUCUGUUAAAUAUUUAGGAAAAGGCGAAACAAAAUUCGAGUCUUUAGUAUUGAACAAAAACCAAUUUGAAACACUUGUUAAAGAUUUAUUGAUAAUUCAUCAUUAUAGAGUAGAGGUAUACAGUCCUAAAGGUGGAGUUAAAAGUAAUGAUUGGUUCUUGGAAUUAAAAGGCUCCCCAGGGAAUUUAACUGCAUUUGAAGAUAUUUUUAAUUCCGAGUUAGAUGUUGGAGCUGCAGUUUUAGCUGUGAAAGUAGUAGAUGAAGCCAAAGUCAAAACAGUUGGUGUGUCAAUAAUAGAUUUAAGUACUGAAUCAAUGGGUAUCUGUCAAUUUCCAGAUGAUGAUCAAUUUACUGAUUUAGAAGGCUUUAUUGUUCAACAAUCUCCUAAAGAGAUAAUUAUACCAGAUUUGCCAGAAUACUCGAGCAUUUUAAAAAUUGCUAAUAGAUGCUGUGGAAUGGUUGUAAAACUGAAGCAAUCAAAUUUUAAUACUGAGAAUUUAGCUCAAGAUUUGAAUCACCUUUUAGAAUGGAAAGAGGGACAAUCGCAAAAUGCAUCAGCAUUGCCAGAAAUGAAAUUAAACAUUGCUACAAGCUGCUUAAGUGCAUUAAUUAAAUAUCUGGAGUUAUCAGGAAAAAAUUUGAAUUUCAAACUAGAAACAGUUGAACCAAAACGUUUUGUUCACAUGGAUAUAGCAUCAGCAAAGGCUUUGGGGUUAAUACCUCAACAAAGUUCCUCAUCUCAAGAUACUUUAAUACAUUUUCUUAAUAAGUGUCGAACGCCACAAGGGAGAAGACUAUUAACUCAAUGGGUUAAACAGCCUUUAAAAGAUAUUAGAACUAUAAGUGAAAGGCAUGAUAUUGUUGCGGCAUUUAUAGAUGAUACAGAGCUAAGAAUGAGCUUAAGUGAAGAACACUUAAGAUGGUUUCCUGAUGGGCAAUUAUUAUGUCGAAAACUUAAGAAUAAAAAUGCAUCUUUGCAAGACUGUUAUAAGAUAUAUCGUGCUGUCGAACACAUUCCUUCUCUUUUGGAGAGUCUUAAAACAGCUACGUACAGUGCCAGCGUAAAAGAAACAUUUUUAUCACCUUUAGAAGAAGUUUCAGAGGAUUUAUCAAAAUUUCAAGAAAUGAUCUCGAGCACUUUAGAUAUGGAUCAAAUAAAUAAGGGAUUAUUUUUAAUAAAAGCUGAUUUCAGUGAAGAAUUAUCCGAAUUGAAAGCUUCAUUGGAUUAUUUAGACGAAGAAAUACAAAAAGAGUUGGGUAAUGCAGCAAGGGAACUGCAUUUGGAAAGUGGGAAAAUUCUUAAAUUAGAAACAAUGCCUCAAUACGGAUAUCAUUUUAGAAUUUCAAACAAAAAAGAAGAAUCUAAAAUAAGAAACAGUAGUAAAUUUAAAAUUCUUGACUCUACAAACGCUGGACUUAGAUUUCAAAGUUCAUCUCUGAAAGAAUUAAACGAGGAUUAUUUAGAAAAAAGGAAAAGUUAUGAUGAUUGUCAGAAAACCGUAGUUGAUGAAGUUUUGGAUAUUGCAGCUGGUUACACUGGACCCUUAAUGAAUCUCAAUAACAUAAUUGCAAACCUCGACGUCUUGACUAGUUUUGCUGUGAUAGCUGCCAACGCCGUUACGCCCUACGUCCGACCACAAAUUCGACCCUUAGAAGACGGUAUACUACGAUUAAAAGAAGCGAGGCACCCUUUGUUAGAAGCACAGGAUUCCAUAUCUGUAAUACCGAAUGAUAUUUUAUUAGAGAAAAACGGGAAAACAUUUUAUAUAAUUACGGGUCCGAACAUGGGAGGAAAAAGUACCUACAUUCGAACGGUCGGAAUAAAUGUUUUACUUGCUCAAAUCGGUUCGUUUGUACCUUGCCUAGAAGCCGAAAUAAGUUUGAAAGAUAGUAUUUUAGCUAGAAUCGGAAGUUCCGAUAGACAAUCGAUAGGAGUGUCCACGUUCAUGAACGAAAUGGUCGAAAUAUCUGCAAUUCUUCAGCGAGCCACUGAAAAUUCAUUGGUUAUGAUUGACGAAUUAGGACGUGGAACAUCAACCUAUGAAGGUUGCGGAUUAGCUUGGGCCAUUGCCGAACACUUGGCAUCAACCAUAAAAGCUUUCACAUUAUUCGCCACACAUUUUCAAGAAUUGGUUUCAUUAGAAGACGAAAUAAGUUCGGUGGCGAACGUUCACGUCACGGCCAUGACGGAUCAAUACGAAUUAACGAUGUUGUACAAAGUUUGCCCAGGUUCGAGCGAUCGUUCAUUCGGUUUAGAAAUUGCCAAAAUGGCCGGAUUUCAAAAACACGUCAUCGAGAACGCUCGAGAAAAAUUAUUGAAAUUGGAUCAGAAAGCCGGACUGAGUUUAAACGGACAACAUUUGACUGGAGAAGAAAUAAAAGAGGGUAAAAAAAUAUUGAAUGAUUUUUUCCAGAAAAUCAAAGGAAAAACUCAAGAAGAAGAAAUAAAAAAAGAAAAAGAAAAUUUACUGAAAAUGAACAGUCGUUACAUUGCGGCAAUUUUGUCGUGA